AUGAACGGUGAAGCUGGCAACAACUCAAAAGAUCCAGUCAUUUCUGUUUCCGAAGAAGAUAAAAAGAAAGCGGAAGAAACGAAAGAAGCGGCAAAUAAACUUUUUAAAGAAAACAAGUUUGAUGACGCCAUCGAGAAAUACAUCGAGGCGAUAAAACUUAAUCCAUACGUCGCUGCAUAUUACGCUAACCGUUCUAUCGCAUACAUUAAAACGGAGGCUUAUGGAUAUGCUGCUAUGGAUGCGGAUAAAGCUUUGGAAAUAGACCCUUCUUAUAUUAAGGGAUACUAUCGACGAGCUGCUGCCAAUAUGGCAUUAUGCAAGUUUCAAGAUGCGCUUCGUGAUUUUCGGACGGUGGUAAAGAAAGCACCCGGAGAUAAGGAUGCAAAAGCAAAAAUGGUGAAAUGCGAACGAAUUGUAAAAAAGAUGGAGUUCGAGAAAGCAAUAGAGGUAGACUCUUCAAAAAAAAAUGUGGCUGAUACUAUAGAUAUAAGUUCUAUGACCGUCGAAUCACCAUAUGAGGGACCUAGAAUGGCAAGUGAUGGGAUAACAGAAGGUUUUAUCAACGAGAUGAUGGAGUACUUUAAAGAUCAGAAAUUGAUUCAUAAGAUAUUUGCAUAUAAGAUUAUUUUGGCCGUACGAGAACAUAUGUUGAAGUUACCUUCAUUAGUAGAUAUAACAAUACCUGAAGACUCAACAUUGACAGUAUGUGGAGACGUUCAUGGUCAAUACUACGAUUUAUUAAACAUCUUUAAAAUCAAUGGCCUACCAUCUGAAAAAAACAUUUACCUGUUCAAUGGAGAUUUCGUGGAUCGUGGAUCGUUCAGCGUCGAAAUAAUACUGACAUUAUUUGCAUAUCAAUGGUUAUACCCAAACUCACUUUACUUGACACGCGGAAAUCACGAGACAGAUGACAUGAACAAAGUGUACGGAUUCGAAGGGGAAGCCAAGUCCAAAUAUUCGGAUGUUAUGUUCAAUCUAUUCGCCGAGACUUUUGCGACAUUGCCGCUUGCUCACUUGAUUAAUAGAAAGAUUCUUGUCACUCAUGGUGGGCUGUUCAGUCGAGAUAAUGUGACACUUGAUGAAAUACGACAGAUAAAUCGAUUCAAGAGAAAACCAGAGUCCACAGGACUGAUGUGUGAAUUACUCUGGUCUGAUCCACAAAAGAGUCCUGGUCGUAGUGUAAGUAAACGUGGAGUAGGGAUACAAUUUGGUCCUGAUGUCACGGAAAAUCACGAGGUGAAAGAAAACGGAUACGUAAUAGAACAUGAUGGGAAAUGUAUCACGGUGUUUUCUGCGCCGAAUUAUUGCGAUACAAUUGGAAAUAAAGGAGCUCUAAUAAGAAUUAGCCCGGAUCUCCAAUUGACCUACACAACUUUUGAAGCUGUGCCACAUCCUAAUGUACGACCAAUGGCGUAUGCUUCUCAAUUUGGAGGUCUGAUGUGA